UCUUGCCCCCUUCCUGCAUUGCAUGGCUGCAAGGCACAAUCUGCAAUGCAAGAUCUUCAGGAACCAUCUUAAAAAGGCCCUUCAACCCCGGCCUGAUAUUGCCAUCCCACCCUAUUAUUCCCUUCUCGCUGUGCAAGCUGGACUCUGCCAAGCAUCACCUGAAGGUUGAAUCGUUGGACCGGACCAUUCAUCGCAGAGGUCUACCUUGUCUUUGAUACAACCAUCUCCAUCACACACCCCUACUCAUCUUUCCAUAUUCCCCCAUGCCCAUCUUCUCCAUGAACAGGCAGAGUGUGUUCCGGAGUUUCCGGGAACAUAAAGCCCUCAAGGCCGAGGAACAACGCCAAGAAGAAGCUCUUCACCUCCAUCAGAGAAAGCCAAGCGAGGCAAGUUCUGUUGCGAGCACGUCGUCAGACGCAUCACAGCCAUCAAUAUACCAGACGGAUAGGUCGUCAGACUGGGAUCCCCUAAGGCUGCAUCCGCCAUUGGGUAGGGCCCGACCGCCAUGCAUACCACCAGCACAUACACCGGUCCGGUACCGGUACGAGGACGACGAUAGCAGUCAUACUAGCUCGCACCAUCAACACACACGCAGUUACCGUGAGCUGCAGGCACAGUCCGACUCAUCGACCGAAAUCCACGACGGCUUCGACUUUGGCUUCAAAAACGGGCUAGAGUCGAGACCUGAAGCCGACGGGAGGGAUCCAGGAGCCACUUGGCCGUCACCAACACGGAGAGACCGCGGAGGGUCAGAUUCCCACUCGCCCGGGUCAGAGACCACGCCGACAGAGUGGGGCGAGGCCGUCACGCCCAGAAGGCGUCCCCCGGGCCACGAUGAGGCAGAUUAUUUCAUGAGGAGGGGCGGCUGGAAAAGGCAAGGCGUUGUCUUCGCUCCAGGGGUUCUAAUCGCCGGCGAGGACGAGACAUUCGACCUUCCGUGAAGGUCAAUCUGUGUUACAUUUAUCCUUACCUUCUUGUUACCUUCUCUCUCUUUCUUCCACUUUGUUAGGGAUCCGGAAUUUCGGUUUUGCUGGACGAACCGGCAGAAUGUACA